GCUCUCGCCCUAGGAGAAAUAUGGGGUCGGAAAACCCAAGUCCUCAGAACCCUGGCUGCAAGAUCAUGACCUUUCGGCCUACCCUUGAAGAGUUUCGGGACUUUGGGAAAUACAUUGCUUACAUGGAAUCGCAGGGAGCUCACCGAGCAGGGCUUGCCAAGGUGAUUCCUCCCAAGGAGUGGAAGCCCCGAAAAACCUACGACGACAUUGAUGACAUGGUUAUCCCAGCUCCUAUUCAGCAGGUUGUUACUGGACAGUCGGGGUUAUUCACCCAGUAUAAUAUCCAGAAGAAGCCCAUGACUGUUGGAGAAUACCGGCGUCUGGCUAAUAGCGAGAAGUAUUGCACUCCACGCCAUCAAGAUUUUGAAAGCCUGGAGCGCAAGUACUGGAAGAAUCUCACAUUUGUCUCACCGAUUUAUGGAGCUGAUAUCAGUGGCUCGCUAUAUGAUGCGGAUGUGGAAGAAUGGAAUAUUGGCAACCUGAACACGCUCUUAGACAUGGUGGAACAUGAGUGUGGCAUCAUCAUAGAAGGUGUAAACACUCCCUACCUCUACUUUGGGAUGUGGAAGACAACAUUUGCUUGGCAUACAGAGGACAUGGAUCUCUACAGUAUCAACUACUUGCAUUUUGGGGAGCCAAAAUCCUGGUACGCCAUACCUCCGGAACACGGCAAGAGGUUGGAGCGCCUGGCGAAAGGGUUUUUUCCAGGAAGCUCUCAGGGAUGUGAUGCUUUCCUCCGUCACAAGAUGACCCUGAUUUCGCCCUUGAUCUUGAAGAAGUACGGCCUUUCUGUUUUUCAGAUCACCCAGGAAGCUGGAGAGUUUAUGAUUACGUUUCCUUACGGUUACCACGCUGGCUUCAAUCAUGGCUUCAACUGUGCCGAGUCUACUAACUUUGCUACUUUGCGCUGGAUCGACUAUGGAAAAAUGGCAACCCAAUGUACUUGCCGCAAAGACAUGGUGAAGAUUUCCAUGGAUGUCUUUGUGAGGAUUCUGCAACCGGAGCGUUAUGAUUUAUGGAAACAAGGAAAAGACAUUACUGUACUGGACCAUAUGAAACCCACAGCACUGACUAGCCCAGAACUGGAUGCCUGGAAUAAGACAAAGGUGGAGUUGAAGACUAAAUUGCUUCGCAGGUAA